AUGUAUUUUACUCCGUACUUGUUACCUUUUUGUAAUGUUCUUCGUAGGAUAUCUGUGUUUUUCUGUAAUGUUCUUCGUGAUAGCAGUUGUUCUCAUAGAGUGAUAAAUACUGAUAAAGAUGCGAGUGUCCAGUUUCUUGCUUUAUUCAGCAUAUCAGCUUCCUCUCCAACUUUAUUUCUUGUUUAUACAAAAAGGGAUAGCAGAAGUGAAAUUGUAUAUGCAUGCUCAUUUGGCUGGUUUCUUGAAUCAACACAUUGCUGUAUGUUGAUGCAGGUCCAAGACGAGCUUGUUUCUUCCAUUAAAGAUGCAGAGGAAGGACUUUUUCACCUAAAACGUGCCCGGCUGUUACGUGAAGUUGAUUCAGCUGUGCAGGACUCUAUAUAUUCCCAUAAAGACGCUGCGGUCGAGCUUAUAAAUCCAGCAAAGUUGGGUGGUUCCCAACUUCCAUGCGAAGACUUAGAGGUAGAACCAUUAGAUUCUACUAAUGUUGAGGCAGAAAUAUUGGGAGACCCAAGUUAUUUUAUUGGAUCAAAAUGUAGAUUCCGCCACACCGAUGGGCGUUGGUAUAAUGGUCAAAUCGUUCAGUUGGAUGGUUCUUCUUCCGCCAGAGUUUCUUUCCUCAAUCCAACGUCAGAGAAGAUGAUGCAAAAUGUAGACCCCUGAGUUCAAGCUAGUGGGGAUAGGGCAGAAGCAAUGUCAUUAUCAUUCGAGUGACAGAUCGAAGGAGACUGAUCAUAAGGUUAGAAGUUGUUCACUCUUCUCUUUUCAUGCUAUUUGACAUCUUGUAGCUUCAUUUUUGUAACAUCUUUAAAGAUUUAUUAUUAUAGA